CCAUGGUGGAGAUCAGUCAGGUGCCUGGCUUGGGGAGUGAAUCCUGACCGAGUCUGCACCUCAGGCUGGAGCUGCAGGACAAGUAUAUGGGACUUGUUCCUUGGCAGAUGGGAGGGAUCUGUGAGCAAGAGGAGCCUCAGAAUCGGGACAGGUAGGAGCAGGGGAGCAGCUGCGAUGGCUUCCGGAAUCCUGCUGCACAUACAGGAGGAGCUCACCUGCCCCAUCUGCCUGGAGCUCCUGACAGAACCCCUGAGCCUGGACUGUGGCCACAGCUUCUGCAAAGCCUGCAUCACUGCAAACAACAAGGAGCCUGUGAUCGCCCAAGGAGAGAGCCACUGCUGUUGCAGAGUCACCUACCAGUCUGGGGACCUACGGCCCCAUCAGUUUGUAGCCACCAUAGUGGAGAGGCUCAGGGAGGUCAAACUGAACCCAGAGGAGGGGCAAAAGAGAGAUCUCUGUGUGCGCCAUGGAGAGAAACUCCAGCUCUUCUGUAAGGAGGAUGAGAAGGUCAUUUGCUGGCUUUGCGAGCGGUCUCAGGAGCACCGUGGUCACCACACAUUCCUCAUAGAGGACGUUGCCCAGGAGUACCAGGAUGUGAAUGGCAUCAUGGAAAGGAGUAAGACCUUGACUGUGAUGAAGCCAAAUACCCUUUCCCAUGAAAGCAGUAGAAGAGUGUUGAAACCUCCUGAUCUGAGCAGGUUUCUGAAAGUGUUAAAUGAGCUGAAAGAUGAAGGAGCCUUGGGCAUCAGAACAGGAAGAAGUCAGGGGAGCAAGACAAUGGAUUUUUCAGCACAAAUGAACAUACAGAAGGAGCUGACCUGCCCCCUCUGCCUGGAUCUUCUGACAGAACCAUUGAGCCUGAACUGUGGCCACAGCUUCUGCCAAGCUUGCAUCACUGCAAACAACAAGGAGCCUGUGUUCGCCCUAGGAGGGGAACACCAGUGCCCUGUAUGCCAGAGCAGAUACCAGCCUUACAACCUCCGGCCUAAUCCGCAGCUGGCUAAUAUAGUGAAGAAACUCAGGGAGGUCAACACAAGUUCACACCAGUGGCAGGGGGGAAAUGUCUGUGAGCACCAUGGGGAAAGUCGCCUUAUCUUCUGUAAGGAGGAUGGGAAGGCCAUUUGCAAGCUUUGUGUGCUGUCUCUGGAGCACCAAGGUCACCAAACAUUCCCCAUUGAAGAAGUGGUCAAGGAAUGUCAGGAGAAGCUACAGGAAACUUUGAAGAAGCUGACAGACGAGGAGCAGGAAGCUGAGAAGUUAGAAGCUAACAUCAGUGAAGAGAGAGCUACCUGGAAGCAUCGUAUGCAUACUGAGAGACAGAAGAUUCUGAAAGGGUUUGAUGAAAUGAGAGGAGCCUUGGACAGGGAGGAGCGGAAGGAGCUGCAAAAGCUGGAAGAAGAUGAAGUGAAUGUGCUGGAUAACCUGGCAGCGGCUAAAGACCAGGUGGCCCAGCAGAGGCAGUACAUGAGCGAGCUCAUCUCGGAUCUCCAGCAUCAGAUACGGGAAUCAACACUAGACACGCUGCAGGAUGUGAUUAACGUCAUCAGAAGGAGUGAGAGCUGGACCUGGAAGAAGCCAAAAAUUGUUUCCACGAAACUGAAGAGUGCCUUCCAAGCUCCAGAUCUGAGCAGGAUACUACAAGAGUUUAAAGAGCUGACAGAAGUCCAAAGCUACUGGGUGGACUUCAUGCUGAAUCCAGUGAACGCUCUUUCGGGUGUUGUCGUUUCUGAAGAUCACAGACAAGUGACGGCUGGGAACAGUUUUAUGUUUAGGAAUGUAUAUCCAUGCAACUUUUCUGCUUUUGAUGUCUUGGGUUGCCAAAAUUUCUCCUCAGGGAAAUAUUACUGGGAAGUAGAUGUGUCUCGGAAGACAGCCUGGAUCCUGGGGGUAUACAGUGACCUCAAUAGAAGUGACCUCAAUAGAAAAAGGAGCUCUGGGUUUGUUUUUAACCCACACGUAAAUUAUCAAACAGUUUACUCCAGAUUCAGACCUGACAAUGGCUACUGGGUUGUAGGAUUACAGAAUGUAUCUGAGUACAAUGCCUUUGAGGACUCUUCCACCUCUGAUCCCAAGGUCUUGACUCUUUCCAUGGCUGUGCCUCCCUGUCGUGUUGGGGUUUUCCUAGACUAUGAAGCAGGCACUGUCUCAUUUUUUAAUGUCACAAACCACAGGUCACUCAUCUACAAGUUCUCUAAAUGUCGCUUUUCUCAGGCUGCUUAUCCAUAUUUCAAUCCUUGGAACUGUCCAACUCCCAUGACUCUGUGCCAGCCAAACUCCUGAGCCUUCUCAUUCCCUCACCCAUUUGUAGUGCCCCUUGUCCUAAGUGUCAUUUCCUGCACCUGAGCUCAUCUGUACCAUUCAAUACAUCUCUUCCUUGCUGUCUCCCUUUAGAACUUUUACUCAUCCUUGGGAUGUACACUGUUUCUGGUUUGAAUUAGGAGAGGGGCUUAUUUACCCAUUUUUGUUCUCUCAAAGAAAGACAUCAGAGUCCCUCCUAAAGACAGAGCUGUAUUGGUAUAAGAGCUUUGCACUUUCAUUUAUCCAUAUUUUUAUUUAUCACUGACUUGAUGAGACAUGGCAAAACCUGUCUACCACCAUCCACAAUUCUAGGAUAGUUCAUAAUAACCCCUAUCCACCAACAACAACUAAGGAGUCUUUCAGUGUAUGUCUGUUUAUUGCCCAGGGUGUAGCGUGUUCAUUGGAGAGUCAAGGAAAGAAAAACAAAAACAAUGUAUGUACCCAGAGUGAAAAUGCAGUGUUCAAAGUGUUUAAGUUCAAAUUCUAUCUUGUCUUUUAUAAGCUGUGUAAUGAUGAAUAAAUUCUGAGUUUCUUUUUCCAAAAAUAGAAAUUGAGAUUUAAAACUGUACCUAACUCUUAAGAUCAUUGUCUACAACUGUCACUCAAUGUAAAGUACCUACUUAAGUGUCCUGCACAAUAUAAUAAAUAUUUGCUCUAAUGACUACUGAAAAGGAUAAGCUGUGUCAGUGUCCUAUACAACAGAUUCGUGCCCUUGAGAGGAACAGUAAAUGAUUCUGCAGAAGUCUCAUUUUUCAACUCCCUUAACUCUGUUAUCAAGACCACUCCAGUUUCAAUCUUGUGUAUAGAACUUUUCAUACCGAGGCUGGGACUGUUUAUUGGGAAUGGGUCAGAAAACUUCAAAAGUAUGAGUUUCCGUACUCUGUCCAGCAGAGGGAGUCAUGGUAGGGACAGCUAUUAUUAGGGACAACUCUUUGGCGGUUAGGCCUUUUCCUUGUAGUAAAACACUCGAGUAUACCAAGGUAUAUACCAUGCACUUUUGUUUUUUCUGGUAAUUUUUGCAUAAUUAUCAGUGAAACACAUGAAAAAUCUAGAAAUAUUUGCCCAAAUAAACAGUGCAGCAAAUACAAAGAUAUAGUG